AUGGAAACAGCUGCGCCAAGCUGCUCAGUCCAACAAUUGCAAAAUGUUUUGACACAAAUUCAAACCCUCUGCACUAAAGCUUUUGAAAAAGGUACUUCCAGCAAGCAUCAACAGAUUCGAGUGAUGCAUUGGGUGCAAAAGCUUCGCAAUCAACCCACGUCAAACCCAACGUGGUUGAAAAAUGUGCUGGAAUAUGCAAAUCUGCUUCUUCAAAUGAUCGUGAAUGGAGUUUUUGAAGAGCCUUUUACGAAGAUGCCUUCUCAAGGACCGUUGGCAGCACUUCCAAGGCAUCAGGUCGCACGCUUGCAUGUAAAAGCAGCAAAACGGACUAGCAGAGCUCAGUCAGCGCACUCUUCAUACAGAAGAAAUGAAUCAAAGUCAGAAAUUGAACAACCACUAAACAAUAAUCGCGAUGAUAAGGUCCAUAGGGGCACUAUGGUGAGUAAAGAGAUCCAAACUCUCGAGCAAGAUAAUCAAUGGGAGUGGCAGCACGUCUGGAAAGGUGCGUUUGAUGAGAUGCGUCAGCAAUUGCAGUUGAAAACUGAGACAGUUGAGACACUUACGACUGAAAACAAGGAGCUGCGUGCUCUUGUUGCAGGAUAUCAAAAAGCUCAAGAAGAAAUUGAGCGUAACCAGCGCGAUGCAAUGUCAAGGCACAAUGCAGAGAUUGAAAACCUUCGAGCAGUCCACUCUUUAGAGCUUUCAGAUGUUAAAGCUCGACAUCGCCAGAAACUACAAGAGGUGAUGCUGCAGAAUGAGGAAAAGCUUAGAAGACGACGAUUGAAAGACGUUGGAUUUCGGCCGACCGACAGCAAUAAUUAUUCGUCUCGAGACGCUAAUGCUAAUGCCAAUGCUGCUUUUCUUCAAUAUAUUGACGACUUUUAUUCUUCUACGCUUCAUUUGACAGCGCAAAAUAAAAAUUUACAAGGCGAUCCACGUCGUCCUGGUGAUUUGCACCCAUUUGUGCGGGAACGUGUAGAUCCUGAUGAUGCACCAAGCGACUACUACUCGUUGUUUUCGCUUGUCCUAGGCUUUCUCGGCUUUAUUUUGAAGUGGAAAGAGAUGGCCUGGGGCUCGUUGGCAUUGUGCGUGGGUUCAUUUAUCAACAUGAAGUCGCAAGACAUGAAUAUGACGCAAGUGGUAAUGUCCUUCUUCUUCUCCACUUCAUCCCUCGUGUCCGCAUAUAUGGGCGGUAUGAUACCAAUAUCCCAGACUAUUAAAUCCCCUACUUCUUAA